AAAAAAUCGGAGUUUCCGUCUUUGUAAAAUACAUAGACGCUGAUUUAUCAUCGAAGUCUGACAACUGUCAAAUGACAAGCCCACUUCGUAGAAUACGUUCUGAAGAUUGAAAUGGCAGCAGAGAUAAAGCCCGCUCCAGGCGUAAAUCAUGACAAAUUCAGCUCAAGUCGUAAACCUGUACUUUUAUCGAAAUUGGAAGGAUGCAAUGAUGAUGUCAAUGCGGCUAUCAUUAUACCACGGGAAGAAGGUGUAAUUAGCGUUUGCGAUGACAGGUAGUUAGAACAAAUUUUUUCGAACAUUAUAGCCCUGCGCUUCUUCAAAUGUUUGUUCAUGGCUGCUGGUGCAACAUCAAUGUAUUAUUGUGUAGAAACAAGACAGUUAUUUGUUGGUUUGGACAAUGGAACCAUAAAUGAAUUCAUUCUGGAACAAGAUUAUAAUCGAAUGACAGCUAUGCGUGAAUAUUCUGCGCAUCAGGCAAGGGUUACAGGUGUCAUAUUUGCUCCAAAUUGUGAAUGGGUUUUAAGUAUAGGCCGAGAUAAAAUGUUUCAGUUACAUUGUUCAGAAACCGGUCAAAAAGUAGGAUCAUAUCAGACUGAUGCUUGGUACACUGCAUUGCAAUUUGAUGUUCAAUCAAAACAUGCUUUCGUUGGUGAUUACUCUGGACAAAUAGAAAUGUUGAAGUUAGAUGCUAACGGUGUCACAUUGAUCACUACGUUGAAAGCGCAUAGGGGGAGUAUUCACACAUUGGCAUGGGAUUCUGAGAAGCAGCUUUUGUUUUCUGGAAGUUUCGAUCAAAGUAUCAUGGUGUGGGACAUUGGAGGGCGCCAGGGAACAGCAUACGAGCUUCAAGGGCAUCACAACAAGGUAACAGCACUGUGUUACGCAAGUGCUGAACGUGUUCUAUUGUCUGGAGGAGAAGAUGGAGUAAUAGUUUGUUGGGACAUGGCUGCAAAUAGAAAGGAAACAGCAGCAUGGGUGGAGUCAGACACAUGUCAAGCAUGUGGAAGACCAUUUUUCUGGAAUAUUAAAGCCAUGAUGGAUCAACGACAAUUAGGACUGAGGCAACAUCACUGUCGUCAUUGCGGUCGUGCAUUGUGUGCACGUUGCACGUCCCAACGAAUAUCGAUACCAGCAAUGGGAUUCGAAUUUGAAGUCAGGGUUUGCGAUCCAUGCCACAUACAACUGAAAGCAGCAAACCAAACAUCUUUGGCGUCCUUCCAUGACGCAAAACAUAGCGUUGUCGGAAUGGAUCUCGACGCACCGAGAAGAAGAUUAUUAACAAUCGGCCAAGAUCGUCUGAUUAAGAUUUGGGAUAUUUCUGCGCUCCUUCAAUGAACUUCCAAAAAUAUUCGUUUAUAAGUAAGAAAACCAAUCAAAUCGUAAGAGACACAUAUAAGGAAAACUGUCAUAUUCCAAUGUAAAAGCAUACUAUUCAGAGCCUAUUUUUAUGAUCAUACAAUCAAUUUGUUCGAUUACAACCGAAUGGGUUUUAUACAUCACAAUUUACUCCGCGUAUGGAGCCUUUAAUCGUCCAUAAAAUGACAGGAUAGACUUUAUAAUUUACAAGCGUAAUUUCUUUCCAGCAAAUAAAACUAAUGUGUACACUUAGCAAAGAAAACAAAUAAACGUUAGUAUGUUUUUAAAUAUUUAUAUUUAGCGGAGUCGGAUUUACGGAUUAACGAACUUACGAACUUAAGAGUUUACGAAUGACCAAAACUUCGUAUAUACGCAUCUCAUUCGGGUUUUGUAAUCAAACUAUGUUUCAAACCGCAGAGGCAGAUUCUGUUGCUGCUUUGUUGAAAUGUGCAUAGAGGAUAGCGAUCGUAAAAUGAAAUCUGUUUCU